AUGGAGGAGCAAAUGGCACCGGCGCCGGCGCCGGCGGCGGGGACGGAAGCGGUUGGGUCCGGCCGCCGCAAGAAGUGGCGGGACGAGUCCGGGAGCCUGUGGCGCAUCGCCGGGCCUGUGAUCCUGACGGAGAUCUGCCAGUUCCUCAUCGGGUUCGUCACCGCGGCCUUCGUCGGGCACGUCGGCAAGGUCGAGCUCGCCGCCGUCUCCGUCGUCAAUGGCGUCGUCGAGGGCCUCGCCUUCGGCCUCCUGCUUGGCAUGGGGAGCGCGCUGGAGACGCUGUGCGGGCAGGCGGUGGGGGCAGGGCAGGUCCGGAUGCUGGGCGUCUACGUGCAGCGCUCGUGGGUGAUCUGCCUCGCCACGUCGCUCGCCCUGCUCCCGCUCUACCUCCUCACGUCCCCGGCGCUGCGGCUGCUCCGGCAGUCGGCGGCCAUCUCGUCGGUGGCCGGGCGGUACGCGCGGUGGUGCGUGCCGCAGCUGUUCGCGUACGCCGUCAACUUCCCCAUCCAGAAGUUCUACCAGGCGCAGAGCCGGGUGUGGGUCGUGACGGCCAUCUCCGCCGCCACGCUCGCCGCGCACGCGCUGCUCAACUGGCUCGUCGUCGCUAGGCUCGGCCACGGCGUCGUCGGCGCGGCGCUCGUCGGCGACGUGUCCUGGUGGCUGCUCAUCGCGGCGCAGCUCGCGUACCUCGUCGGCGGGUCGUUCCCCGAGGCAUGGACCGGGUUCUCGACGAAAGCGUUCGCCAACCUCGGCGGCUUCGUCAAGCUCUCCCUCGCGUCCGCCGUUAUGCUGUGCUUGGAGAUGUGGUAUUACACAGCAGUGCUCAUUCUGGUGGGUUGCCUGAAGAACCCAGAGAUUCAAGUCGGGGCGAUUUCCAUAUGCAUGAACUAUCAGCUUUGGACACUGAUGGUUGCGGUAGGCUUUAACGCUGCAGUGAGCGUUCGCGUGGCGAAUGAGCUUGGCGCGAACCGCCCCAGGGCAGCCAGGCUCUCGGUCGUCGUCGCCGUGGCCACGUCGGCCGCCGUCGGCCUGCUCUUCACCCUGCUCGCUCUCGCGGCGAGGAAGCAGAUGCCGAGGCUUUUCACGGGCGACGGCGUGCUCGUCGGGGAGACUGCGAAACUGGGGUAUCUCCUGGCGGCCACCAUAUUCCUCAACAGCAUCCAGCCUGUGCUAUCAGGCGUGGCGAUUGGGGCUGGAUGGCAGUCCUCUGUCGCCUUUGUAAACAUUGGCUGCUACUAUCUCGUCGGUCUGCCCAUUGCAGCUGUUUUUGGCUUCAGGCUGAGAUUUAAUGCAACAGGGAUCUGGGUGGGGAUGCUGAUCGGGACAAUCCUGCAGACUGCUAUUCUGCUUGUGAUCCUCUUCAGAACCAAAUGGCAGAAAGAGGCCAUGCUAGCAGAGGAGCGGAUAAUGAUCUGGGGAGGAGGUGUUGAGCUGCCAACCAUUCAGGAAGGAAGUUGA